GCGUCGUAACCCCGGCGCGCACGGAGGCGGCGACUCUUACCUCACAAAGGUAGCUCCUCCCCGGCAGCAACUCGGCUCCCGUGGUCCAUGGACCGGAACCUCGGGCCGACGGACAGGAACCCGGGCCGCGAUCGCCGCCUCCCCGCCUCAGGCUCCUCCUCCUCGCUCUCCGCCGCCUCCGCCGGACUCCCGCAGGCCUUGCACCGCCGCCGCCAGGCUAGCGGAGCUGCCCCGGGAAGCUGGGUGACGGGUUCGCGGCUGCCGCCGGACUGCGGCCUAUUCCGCCGCCUCUCUGUGCUAUUGUCCCUGGGCCUGGCCUUGAGCGGGUCCACUGGGGAAGGCCGUGUGCGCCGGCUCCGCGGAAGAUGCCGGACCAAGCCCUACAGCAGAUGCUGGACAGAAGUUGCUGGGUUUGUUUUGCUACUGAUGAAGAUGAUAGAACAGCUGAAUGGGUGAGACCAUGCAGGUGCAGAGGAUCUACAAAAUGGGUUCACCAGGCCUGUCUACAACGCUGGGUGGAUGAAAAGCAAAGAGGAAACAGUACAGCCAGAGUGGCAUGUCCUCAGUGCAAUGCUGAAUACCUAAUAGUUUUUCCAAAAUUGGGUCCAGUGGUUUACGUCUUGGAUCUUGCAGAUAGACUGAUCUCAAAAGCCUGUCCAUUUGCUGCAGCAGGAAUAAUGGUCGGCUCUAUCUAUUGGACAGCUGUGACUUAUGGAGCAGUGACAGUGAUGCAGGUUGUAGGUCAUAAAGAAGGUCUGGAUGUUAUGGAGAGAGCUGAUCCUUUAUUCCUUUUAAUUGGACUUCCUACUAUUCCUGUCAUGCUGAUAUUAGGCAAGAUGAUUCGCUGGGAGGACUAUGUGCUUAGACUGUGGCGCAAAUACUCGAAUAAACUACAAAUUUUAAAUAGUAUAUUUCCAGGGAUAGGUUGUCCUGUUCCUCGAAUUCCAGCUGAGGCCAAUCCUUUAGCAGAUCAUGUCUCUGCUACUCGAAUCUUGUGUGGAGCCCUUGUCUUUCCUACUAUUGCUACAAUAGUUGGUAAAUUGAUGUUCAGUAGUGUUAACUCUAAUUUACAAAGGACAAUCUUGGGUGGAAUUGCGUUUGUUGCCAUAAAAGGAGCAUUUAAAGUUUACUUCAAACAGCAGCAAUAUUUACGACAGGCACACCGCAAAAUUCUGAAUUAUCCAGAACAAGAAGAAGCAUAAAACUGACUUCUGGUUGUUGUGCAGUUCUCUCAUCCUUAUGAAUCUGUUGUGUUGUUUUGAUUCCAUCAUUAAUGCACUUGUGGAGACUUGUGAUAAGCUGCUGCUCCUAUAUUUUUUAAGAAAUAUAAUAAAGCACUUAGGGCAGGGGAAAUCAUCUCGGUAAUCACGGAACCUAAGGAUGUGAUUUGUUUUCAUUGUUUGUAUGUACUACUUUUAUGGCAGUCAUAUGAACCAUUAUCUUAGCAUGGUAAACCUGGGUUUUGUUCAUAUUUUCUCCAGACAGAAAUGCAAAGAUCAAACUGUGCAAAUAUUAAAAAAAUGCACAUGCUGUUUUAUUCAAAUGCCUCUUUUGUACAUGUUCAUGUUUAGUGUUUUCUCAGAAUCAGCAACUCAAGGUACUAUGAGGAUUUUUCUCACUGACAUAAUUUGAUUACAUACUAAAUAAGAGGAUAUGUUAAUAUGAGGAAAUGUAAAUUAAAUUAGUUAUAAAUAAAUAACCAAAAAUGUAUGUAAACAUUCAAAUGAUUAUCUGAACAAAUGAGAUUUUGUGGUGUUUUCUUUAACCCGUGUGAUGUCCUCCAAAAUGUGUAGGGUAAAAAUUCACAGGGCUUCCAGAUCACUUUUUCAAUAUUAAAUUUUAUUUACAUAAUGUUGACAUCUCAUACUUCAUGAAGUAAUUUUGACUCAUGCAGUCGUGUGUGUGUGUGUGUGUGUGUGUGUGUGUGUGUGUGUGUUUGUGUGUUUCAGUGUUUCAGUGUUUCAUCAGGUCCUUCCAUCUCUGGGAGUUUUUUCAACCCAUAUUUCUAGAAAUUACAGCUGCCAGUUUAUAGUAGUUUGAGCAGAGGAUGAUUUGCAAAAAUAAAAAUAAAGUUAUUUUACUCUCCUC